AUGACGGUGGAGUGUCCCCGAGGAGGUAUCAAUUACUGUAAUGUGUUUAAUGUGGUGUCACAAUGUUGGCACAGCGGCGCGGCCGCAAAGGAAGGCGCGGCCGCCGACUGGAUGGCGCAAACAAAGCGCGACUUCGUAUCUCACGUCCGCACUAUUCAUAUUUUCGGCGAGUUAAACGCGAAUGUCUCGGAGCGGAAAUGGAUGAAGCCAUUGCGCGCACCCUCCCGUGAUAUACGGCGGAGGGACCGACCGCGAACGACUCCGGACUAUUAUGAUCGCCUCGAUUUAUUGUUUUAA